AGUUUAAAUUGAAUCAGUUUAAAGUGUGCAUCAGGAACAUCAGGAACAACUGAAAAGCUUCACUUUAAAACCCCUUCAGUUUUGGCAGGAAUGUUUUAAGCUCUCUGCAGAAUCACACCAGAACAAUGUUUCUUUUUUCAAAAACAGAAAUGAACCCAGGGUUUACAGCCACUGUGUUCAGCGCUGCAGUGAAUCCAGUGAAGCAGCUGCUUAUAGGCUCACAUAGAUAGGAAAACCUGGGCUGAUGUCCAUCCCUUCAUCCAUCAUCUCCUGCUCAUCUUAAAUCGGGUCAUGGAGGCAACAGGUCCAGAAGGGAAACCCAGACCUGAACUGGCUCCUUUCGAUGCGGAGAAGCAGCGGCUCCACUUUGAGCUCCUCCCCCUCUGGAGAAAGCUCCUUUCAGCUGCUUGGAUGCAGGAUCUUGUUGUUUCGGUCAUGAACCGGACCUCGGGAACCAGAGCUGAGGGUCUGAAUGUAGAUGAAACGGUAAAUUUGAGAACUUUGCUUUCAGGCUCGGCUCUUUCUCCACCAGAACAGACCGGAUCAGCGGCAGCGUUACAGCAGAAGUCCUGAUCCGUCUGUCCUUAAAGAUGCUUAAACUCCUCCUCUGGAGACAGACGGAGGUCCGACCCAGAGGAGGCAGUCGCUGUUCUCCGGUCGAGAACCACAGCCGUAGACUUAGAGGAGCCGGUCCGGAGGAGCCCGAUGCAUUCUGGGAACGGGCCCAAGUUUGUGCCGAGACUGCGGACACAGACGAUAUCCACAUCCAGUAAUAAUAUUGCUGUGAUAACUGAUAGUAUAAAGAUAACUUUUUUGGCUGUAUUUUGGUUUGACUUGUUGGGAACGUGCCUCCAUAAACAAACCUGACCUUCACAUGAUCUGGGUCUGCCGCUGGUUGGAUGGUAUGCAGCAGUGCAGCUCUAAAGUUCUGAUCCAGUCCUUUUUUUUUUUUACAUUUUCUCUCCCAACCUUCCUGUGAUCCCAACAUUGGUCUUCAUCAGUGGAUUUCUGGAGGUAUUUCAAAGGUUGGAGAACAGAUUUGCCUCCUUAGAAUAAAAAACCUGCGGGUCAGAACAUUAGAACGGACCUGUUGACCCGUCCGCAGCGCUCGUUCUUUCCCGUUUCCUGAAUAAUUCACCGUCACAUAUACCUAAAGAGAGAUUUCAGGGAACAAAUGUAUAUUUAUAUCAGGGGAAAAUGAUGUUUACAACAAAAACUAAUAUAAUCCCACGUUUUCUGUAAUUUUAAGGCUGAAUCACAGCCGUGAGUCCGAGGACAUUUGGAGGUGGUUCUGCUGUAAUUUAAUCUCUUCUCUGCUUGGCUGCAGACGGUUUCCCGUCUGAAAGCUGCCUUGUUCUCCGGCAGCCGCUCAGCGCCGCUCUGCUCCACAAUCCGUCUGUCAAACGUUGGAUUCAUGAACAAAAUGGUGUAUGAGAAAGAAGAGCAGCUUUCUACUGCAGUGGUCUAGAUCCCUCAGGAAGCGGUCGGACACAUUUUUCUCCCCCUGAGCGUCUGCAGGAGUCCUGAGCUGCAGGGAGCAGAGAGGGUAACCUUGCCCUGUGACCUCCUGUUUCAUUAAACGUGUUGACGUGCUGAGCUCGGUGCAUGUCUGCUCUGCGUAAAAGCAUGACCUCAGGACGGAGGGAAGGCUGGAUGGGCUUUUGGCUUCAGACCUGAUCGGCUGGUUGCUUCCUGAGCUGCUGCUGCAGAGCGUGAGAUGCUCCUGUUGGAUUUCAGAGCUUCAGAAGUGCACUGAGUGGCCAGCAGAGGUCAGCGAUGCCCCGCUUGGACAGCACCGAGCUGCAGUCUCUGCUGCUCUCCUUCCUGCAGCACUGUCUCAACAGGACCAGCCCUCAGCCGCCUGAGAACUACACUACCCAUGAGGCUUUGCAGCAGGCGGCUUCGACCAGAGGCCACACUCAGCCUCAGGAAUUGAUGUACAUCCUCCUGGUGGUGGGGCUCUUCAGCUUCUUCACGUUCGGCAUCAUGCUCAGCUACAUCCGCUCCAAGAAGCUGGAGGGCUCCCAGGAUCCGUACCACCAGUACAUCGCCCACGACUGGAGCGCCGUGGCGGCCCCGUCCAGGGCCGUGGCCGAGGCCCUGCGGAGGGGGGCCGAAGAGCCGGUGGUCAUCUGUAACCCUGCAGCUGUGCAGCAGCUGCCGGAGUAGACGGACGCUGAGUCAGCGUCUCAGAAACCUGUUUCCCUUCCAAGGAGGCAGAUCUGAGGCCGGAGAGACGCAUCAUCCUCAGCUCAUCUUCUAACACAGAGCCCAACGGGUCCAAAAUACCCUGGGUCCUUUAAAUUAAAUGUAAAUUAAAUGUUCAUCCACCCACCUAUGCACCACCGGUAGUAAAACAGCCCCACAGCAUGAUGGCACCACCUCCAUGCUUGGCAGCUGUUAAAUGUUUGGUAAAGAACGUAAAGAAGCGUGAGUUCAGAUUUUUAAAAACAGUCUUUAAUGUCUCACAGCAGCCAGACGUUACGGUGUUUGCUUUGUUUUCUCCACAUUAAACCUUCAGGUGAUUCUUCUCACCUCACAGCCA